UGAUUUGUUAACACUCAUGUUACAUGAGGAGGAAGCCUAGAAGAAGAGGAGGUGGAAAGAAAAGGAGUCAGGAAUGGCUCUUCCUCAGGGACGGUUGACUUUCAGGGAUGUGUCUAUAGAAUUCUCUCAGGAGGAGUGGGAAUGUCUGGACUCUACUCAGAGGGCUUUGUACAGGGACGUGAUGUUGGAGAACUACAGGAACCUGGUCUCCCUGGAUUUCUCUCCUAAAUGCCUGAUCAAGAAAUUACCACCAAAAGGGAAAAGUAACACAGAAGUAUUACACACGGUGUUGUUGGGAAGACAUGAAAACGAUUGCAGCAAAGAUUUUUGCUUCCAAGAAACCCAGAGAAAUACUCAUGACUUUGAGUUUCAGUGGAGAGAGGAUGAUAGAAAUUACAAUAGAGUGCCUAUGAUAAAAAAAAAUUUUGCUGGUAGAAGGGAUGAACGUGAACGAACAGAUGCAGGAAGCAAGUGUAUUAAUAAUCAGCUUGGAUUAAACUUUGAAUCACAUCUUACUGAACAGCAGCUAUUUCAGGCUGAAGAGAACAUCUAUGAAUGUAAUCAAGUUCAGAAAUCUAUCAACAAUGAUUUCUCAAUUUCACUACCCCGAAGGAAACCUUCUAGCCUCAAAACCCAUAUUUCUAAUAAAUAUGGAACAGUUCCCAUUCGUGAACAGAAAAUACACAUUAUGGGAAAACCUUACAAAUGUAAUGAGUGUGGCAAAGCUUUUAGUCAUGACUCACAUCUCACUCGACAUCAGUUAAUCCAUUCUGGAGAGAAACAACAUAAAUGUGAUAAAUGUGGCAAGGUCUAUAGUCAAAAAGCCAACCUUGAAAGUCAUCAGAGAGUUCAUACUAUAAAGAAACCAUACAAAUGUAAAGAGUGUGACAGGGCUUUUAGUCGCAAAUCACACCUCGUACGUCAUUGGACAAUUCAUACUGGAAAAAAACCUCACAAAUGUGAUGAAUGCAACAAGGUCUUUAGUCGCAAUUCAAACCUUUCACUACAUCAAAGAAUUCAUACUGGAGAGAAACCUUGCAAGUGUAAUGAGUGUGGGAAAGCCUUUAGUUUACCAUCAUCACUAUAUAGACAUCAGAGAAUCCAUACUGGGGAGAAACCUUUCAAAUGUAAUGAAUGUGGCAAAGCCUUUAGACACGUUUCAACCCUUACCAAACAUCAGAAUAUGCACACUGGAGAAAAACCUUACAAAUGUAAUGAAUGUGGUAGGGUCUUCAGUCGAGCUUCAAGCCUUACAAUUCAUCGUAGAAUUCAUACUGGAGAGAAACCGUAUAAAUGUAAUGAAUGUGGCAAAGUCUUCAAUCGAUGUUCGAGCCUUACAAGUCAUCGCAGAAUUCAUACAAGAGACAAACGUUACAAGUGUAAUCACUGUGGCAAGAUGUUCAGUCAACGUCCAAAUCUUUUAAGUCAUCAGAGAAUUCACACUGGAGAGAAAACUCACAAAUGUAAUGAAUGUGGCAAGGCAUUCAGCCAAAUUUCACAUCUCGCAAGUCAUCAGAGAAUUCAUACUGGAGAGAAACUUUAGAAAUGUAAUGAAUGUGGCAAAGUCUUCAAUCGAUGUUCGAGCCUUACAAGUCAUCGCAGAAUUCAUACAAGAGACAAACGUUACAAGUGUAAUCACUGUGGCAAGAUGUUCAGUCAACGUCCAAAUCUUUUAAGUCAUCAGAGAAUUCACACUGGAGAGAAAACUCACAAAUGUAAUGAAUGUGGCAAGGCAUUCAGCCAAAUUUCACAUCUCGCAAGUCAUCAGAGAAUUCAUACUGGAGAGAAACUUUAGAAAUGUAAUGAAUGUGGCAAAGUCUUCAAUCGAUGUUCGAGCCUUACAAGUCAUCGCAGAAUUCAUACAAGAGACAAACGUUACAAGUGUAAUCACUGUGGCAAGAUGUUCAGUCAACGUCCAAAUCUUUUAAGUCAUCAGAGAAUUCACACUGGAGAGAAAACUCACAAAUGUAAUGAAUGUGGCAAGGCAUUCAGCCAAAUUUCACAUCUCGCAAGUCAUCAGAGAAUUCAUACUGGAGAGAAACUUUAGAAAUGUAAUGAAUGUGGCAAAGUCUUCAAUCGAUGUUCGAGCCUUACAAGUCAUCGCAGAAUUCAUACAAGAGACAAACGUUACAAGUGUAAUCACUGUGGCAAGAUGUUCAGUCAACGUCCAAAUCUUUUAAGUCAUCAGAGAAUUCACACUGGAGAGAAAACUCACAAAUGUAAUGAAUGUGGCAAGGCAUUCAGCCAAAUUUCACAUCUCGCAAGUCAUCAGAGAAUUCAUACUGGAGAGAAACUUUAGAAAUGUAAUGAAUGUGGCAAAGUCUUCAAUCGAUGUUCGAGCCUUACAAGUCAUCGCAGAAUUCAUACAAGAGACAAACGUUACAAGUGUAAUCACUGUGGCAAGAUGUUCAGUCAACGUCCAAAUCUUUUAAGUCAUCAGAGAAUUCACACUGGAGAGAAAACUCACAAAUGUAAUGAAUGUGGCAAGGCAUUCAGCCAAAUUUCACAUCUCGCAAGUCAUCAGAGAAUUCAUACUGGAGAGAAACUUUAGAAAUGUAAUGAAUGUGGCAAAGUCUUGAUACCUCAAGAUGCCUAA